AUGUAUGAUGUUCUCGCUUCGUUUGGUACAGAAAAACCAUCACGAAUUCUAAUGCUCGGUCUUGAUGCAGCCGGUAAAACAACAAUUCUAUACAAAAUUAAACUUGAUGAAAACCUUCAAACUAUUCCUACAAUCGGUUUUAAUGUUGAACAAGUGAGUCCAUGCCGUGGAGUUUCAUUUACUGUAUGGGAUGUUGGUGGUCAAGAAAAAAUUCGUCGUCUCUGGCAACAUUAUUAUCAAGGUGCAGAUGGUCUUAUAUUCGUUGUUGAUAGUAAUGAUCAAGAACGAAUAGAUGAAGCACGAGAAGAACUUCAGGGUAUUCUUUCAUCGUAUGAUAUGUCACGUGUACCUAUAGUCAUCAUAGCUAAUAAGCAAGAUUUACCAAAUGCGAUGAAACCUUCGGAUAUAAUCCAAAAAUUAGGUAUCAAUGAAUUACGUGCUAAACAUAAGUGGUAUAUUCAACCAGCUUGUGCAGUUACAGGUGAAGGUUUAAUUGAAGCAAUGCUUGAAAUGGCAAAUCUCGUUAAACAACAUCGAAAAGAAAACGAUUAG